AAAGAUAGAAAAAAAAUUAUGCAGAAGAAUUUCGUGUACUUGUGACUGUCGGUAGACUGUUAUCAUAAACUAUAAAAUUUUAACUAGUUAUUUUAUCGUUUAGACUAGUUUGUAUUCAAAAGUUUAGAUUACGGUUUUGUUGGUAUACACGAAGAAAUCCACGAAAGAUACAUAUUUAGCAUUCGAACUUCACCAACAUGAUGUUAGCAAUUGAUUUCUUCGUACAUUGGUUUUUCGACAUUGUUUCGACAAUUGGAACCUACUUUGGAAUCACGAUCAGUUUGUUAUUUCUUUCAAAGUUUCUAUGGCGUAAAUAUAUCUUGAAGACUGCUGAAGAUUCAACAUCAAGUUUAACAGCGAGUUUACCACUUCCGCCUGGGGAUUUCGGAAUUCCCUUCAUAGGAGAGACGCUUUCUUGGGUGAUACAGGGAAGUAAGUUCAAUUCAUCAAGACGAAAACAGUACGGAAAAAUCUUCAGCACACAUUUCCUAGGAAAACCAGUUAUCAAAGUAACUGGCGCGGAAAACGUUCGACAGAUUUUGCAAGGCGAGCACGACAAAGUGACGACAAUAUGGCCUACGACUGUUCGUAGGAUAGUAGGUGAACAUUCUAUCGCUAACUGUAGAGGAGAUCAACAUAAAUAUAUCAGAAAAUUAGCUUUGAGAGGAUUCACUCACACAUCACUUAACAGUUACAUCGAGGAUGCGAGAAAGACAAUUUCAAAUAAGAUUCGUUCUUGGAGAACACAUGCUGGUACAGCAAGAAAAAUUUACACCGAUCUGCUGCAAAUGACAUUCGAAAUUUCCGCAAAAGCAAUGGUUGGUUUGAAAUUCAAAAAUGAUGAAGAAAAAACGGAAGCUUUCACUAAUUUUCAUGAGAUGAUAAAAAAUUUGUUUAGUCUUCCGUAUGAUCUACCAUUCUCUGGGUUCCGCAAGGGACUACAAAAGAAAGAAUGGAUUCAUAAGAUGCUCGACGGUCACUUGAAAAACAAACUAAAAUAUGCUCGUUCUAGAGGAAAUGAUCUGGAAGAACCAGAAAACGAUGUUGUUCAUUACAUGUUGCAAGGCGAAAUUGCGGAAAGACAAAAAAAUGAAGGCAGAGAUUCCGGAAUUGAUUCGGAAAGAAGCAGUGAGGAUGAAGAAGAACGUGGAAUAUCUAUGAAUGAAUUAAAACAAAACGUUGUUGAGCUCAUGUUUGCUGGAUUCCUGACAACUGGAAGCAGCAUUUCUUCUCUUAUAAUUCAAUUGGCAAAGCAUCCAGAAAUUCGGAGAAAAGUUGAAGAAGAAUUAGAAGAACAAGGAUAUUUGAGUUCUGAUGAUAUUGAAAUCGACUUGGAAAAAAUUCAAAAGUUAACUUAUUUAGAACAAGUUAUUAAAGAAACACUCAGAUUUAUGCCACCAAUAUUAGGUGGAUACAGAAGAGCGAUGAAGACGUUUCAAAUUGGGGACUACAGAAUUCCAAAAGAUUGGACAAUUAUUUAUAACAUCAGAGAUACUCAUGAAUAUGAAUUCCAAGAUGAUACUGAAUUCGAUCCUGAUAGAUUUUCUCGUGAAAAAUGGACAGAAAACCGACAAAACCGAUUCAAAUGGCUUCCAUUCGGAGGUGGUCCACGAGUGUGUGUCGGAAAGGAGUUCGCCAGACUCGUAAUUAAGUUAACAACAAUUGAACUUUUCAAAUCAUUUUCGGAUUGGAGAUUCGAGAAUGAUAAAGCUCCACCAAUGUUUCCGGUUCCUACUUUACAUCCAACGAACGGUCUCCCUAUUAUAUUUACAAAAAGAUAAAAAAAAACUUUCAAAACAAUAACUGACUGAAAAAUUGUCUGUUGUGUCAGAAUAAAACAAUAAAAUGAAGAGCAAAUAAAAUAGAACUAAAAUAAGGAAAAUCGGAAUAAAACUAUGGCCUAACCUUAACCUGGUACGCACACUACGGGAGUACAUUCAUUUGAAUAACACAUUUCAAAUCGAUUACUACGUGCCUGCACUGAUCAUCCUUAGUGUAAAUAUUUUACGUUAAAAUAUUAAGUAAUAAAGAAAUGCGAAAGGUGUAAAAUUAUGUAGUUGUAUUUAUUAUUUAUAUAUUUUUGUUUUAUUGUUGUCCAUGUUCAUUUUUUAAUACAUUCUCACUUUGUUGUUCUCUAUUUUCUUACAGUAUUGAUUUUUUUUGUUUGAGCAGCUUUUCAUUCUGUCCAUUUGUUUUUAAAUAAAAUCAUACAACAUU